AAUAGCAAUGAUGGCCAAUUUUCACCAAACUGGUCUGCGAACACUGAAAGCGGAUGUUUGCUUAGAGAUAUUCCACCACCAAUGGUAAUCCAGGAGAUGGUGCAAAGGCGCGCCCCACAUGCAAAUAACUUGUACCCGUCAGUCAAUUACAGGGAACGGAUGAAGACUCGACCAAUGAAAGUGCCGUGAAACGUCAAAACCACGCCCACCGUCUGGUAUUCCGCCUCUGUGACGUAAGGGAGCGAGCCGAGUUGUAUAAAAAUGCGGGAGGGAUUCCCCAGCCACGUGUCUAGUCGGACUGUUAGAUAGCGCCGGGUGGUGCUACGGAGCUCUGGGGAUUCAUUCUGUUAUAUAGAAAUUUAAAGGAUGACUUCGGAAGUUCAGAAAGCUUCAGAUGGAGGCUGUUUGCGUUCUAAAGCCGCCCGGGAGAAGCCGGAUUUGUGUCGAACGGUUACGGCUCCAAAAACCGGCAAAUGUUAUUGCCGAGGGCGGCUGCUUGGAAAGGGUGGAUUUGCAAGAUGCUACGAAAUGACUGAUCUCUCCAGUAACAAAAUAUAUGCAGUUAAAGUUAUUCCACAUUCCAGAGUAUCAAAACCUCACCAAAAAGAUAAGAUUGAAAAAGAAAUUGAACUCCACAAAUCCCUAUCCAAUAAAUAUAUAGUGAAAUUCUACCAUAGUUUUGAAGAUGAUGAAAAUAUUUAUAUCUUUCUAGAGCACUGCAGUCAUAAGUCAUUAGCGCACAUAUUGAAAGCAAGAAAAACUUUAACUGAGCCAGAAGUCCGGUAUUACCUCAGACAGAUUAUAUUGGGUCUCAGGUACCUCCAUGUUCGGGAUAUUCUUCACAGAGACCUCAAACUAGGUAAUUUCUUUGUUAACGACAACAUGGAAGUGAAAGUUGGUGACUUUGGCCUGGCAACUAAGCUGCUACCUGUUGAUCAGAGGAAGAGGACAAUCUGUGGAACACCAAACUACUUGGCACCAGAGGUAUUGAACAAACAAGGUCAUGGUCCUGAGGCUGACAUCUGGUCCUUGGGCUGUGUAAUGUACACUAUGUUAUUUGGCCGGCCACCAUUUGAGACUUCUGACCUCAAAGACACUUACAGAUGUAUUCGAGCUGCUGAGUACACCAUGCCCUCAUCCUUCUCAGUUGCUGCAAAGGAUCUUAUCGGUAGCAUUCUGAAGAAGAAUCCAGAACAACGGCCUACGCUUGAUGCAAUUUUGAAUCAUGACUUCUUUGCAAAAGGUUUUACUCCUGAUGUGCUCCACCCAAGCAGCUGCACAACAGCACCUGAGUUGAGUGGCCCAGUUCCUGCAAAAAACCUCUUCAAAAAGUUGACACAGGCUUUCUUUGGGAAAAAGAAAGCAAUAGGUACCAAAACCCUCUGCAUAGAGAAGGAUGACAUCUCCAAACUUGCUGCAGAUCUUGUGAAGACCUCCAUUCAUAGACAGACAAGCUACAAGACUGAAAAUGCAACUGAGCCAACACUUCCUUCUGCCCAAGUGACAAACUCUUUUCCCAAGGAAAAAAUGGAGAUGGAAUCCAAAAAAUCUGUCAACGAACCAUGUAAAGGAUCUGGUGCCAAUUGUGAAUCUGCUGAAGAGGGGCCCAUAGCUCAACAAAUGGCAGAUGCUGCUACCAGUGUUCUCAAAAGUUGUCUUUCAGCUAUGCCUUCAGCUAGAAAGAACCCAGUAGGACAAGGCCUCCAUAGGUCCAAACCUUUUUUGUGGGUCACCAAAUGGGUUGAUUAUUCAAAUAAAUAUGGCUUUGGCUAUCAGUUGUCCAAUCGUAGCAUUGGUGUCCUAUUCAAUGAUGGAACCCAUAUGAGCCUCUCUACUGACAGAAGGAAUGUAUAUUAUUACCUCAAUAACAACCAGCACUUUUCCUUCUCUGCCUCUGCAAUCCCAGAGCAGCUUGUCAAACAGAUGACAAUCGUUGGGUAUUUUGCCAACUACAUGGAGGAAAAUUUAAUGGAUGGAGGUGACUUGCCCAGGACAUUCCUUGAAGAUUGUCAAGAUCCAUCCUUAUUCCUGUUGCAGUGGGUUAAAACUGAUCAUUCACUAUUGAUGCUGUUCAACAAUGGUACUUUGCAGGUUAACUUUUAUCAGGAUCAUACAAAGCUCAUUCUCUGCAGAGCUGAUCAUUCUUACCUGCUUACAUACAUCAACAAGGAUCGUGUUGCCUGCACGUACAAACUGAGCACCAUAAUGGAACUGGGCUGUUCACAAGACCUCCACCAUCGUCUAGCGUACACUUUGAAACUGCUGCAGCAACAGAAGACUGGUGCUUAAAUGUGAAUUGAAACCUUCAGGAGAGGGCCACAGACAGUAUUUAACAAAGCUUCUACUAUGGAGUUUUUAAAUGGGGUGCAAGGUACUGAGCUAUUUGAGCAUCAUCAGUAUCAAACUGGCCAGUGUCUGGCUAAAAUUUGCUGCUGUUUUGGGUGGUGGGGAAGAUUGUGGGAUAAAACCCAAAAUCUAGUUCUUGGUGGUUUUAGUUUGCAAUUUAAGUAUCACUAAUUAAAAUGGGUGUGAACAUAAAUGAGUUAUCAAACUUGUUUCUCUGCUCCUUUAGUAUUUGAGGGUUUCUAGAAUAAUUGUUCUUGACCUUGGUUGGUAGUAAUGAAGGUGAUUUACUUUUUACUACCUUUUUAAAUCUGACAAACCUGGGCCUCGAGGCUGUCUUCCUGAUAAGAAGUGAUGGUUAAUUUGACAUGUCAUUAGGCAGAUUUCUAAAACUCCAGGAUUUGGGUCUGUCAUGAGUGAAUAUGUACAUGUUCAAAUUGUUAAUACAUCCUUAUCUUCCUGAAUGACUGCUUAUGCCUGAGUGCAAAAAAAAGUCCAAUGUGAUAGUUAAAACAUUUCCAAGUCUUGCCAUGUUAACUUGAAGUCAAAUGCUAUCUGUAAUCUUUUGAGACUGCUUGUGAUUUAAGAAUUGGCAUAUUUUGCAUUUAUAAGCUACUGGUCACAAAUCUGGAAUUUCUCAGACUUGAGAAGCUUGAAUGCUCAAAUGAGCUGAGUGCCCAACUGCUUAAUCCUGACUUAGUGUGUUAGGCAUGUUUAUAAACUAAUCAACACACUAACUUUGCCUAUAACCUCAAACAGGGACCUGGGCAAAAUUCAUUGAUACUUGAUUUUAAUUUGUUCUCAAUCAAAAUCCUGACUUGCCACAAUUGCAGUAAUCUCUAUUUAUGGUGGUUGCUGUGAGAUGGGGCAUCUUUUCCCACUGCCUACUUAAUUGGAAACACAUCUUUCAUAGUGAUCCCUGUUCCUUCAUGGAAGCACUAGGGCAAUUUGGGAUUGUUUGCCAUUUAACAUGCAAUACUAGAUGUGUUAAAGAUUCAGUUGUAAGGUGAAAAAAUUCAGUCCCUUGAUGUGGGCAAAUGUGGAACUGCCUUGGAACAUCCUGGAUUCUGAGCUGGUCAAAAGCCAUAUCCAAGGGCAUUUGUGGACAGCAUACCAUUACAAAGGGAUACUUGUGUAAUGUAGAGCACUGAACUUGAAUCCCCUUAUUUCUGGCCCAACUUUGGGGAUGGGUAACAUGGAUGUUUGGGAGAUACAAGACUGCAGAUUAAGACAACUCAUUAGAAGGCAGAAUAUUUUUUAACCUCCCAAAAUGGCAUGGCAAAGUCUUGUAGAAAAUGGUAGUCGGGUCUGAAACUUGAAUAUCAAAGAAACCAUUUAUUUUGUAUCACCUGGUUUGGGGUAGGGAAAUGUGGGGUGGGGGAAAAGUUGCAUUUCAACUGGUACAAAAGUGUUAAAUCCAAAGUUGAGAUUCCUAUUUACCUGCACCUCUGGGUGUGAUGGCUCAAGAUUCCUUAUUUAAUAAAUUUGGUCUUAUUUAUGUUUAUGCAAGUAUUUAGUGAGCCUAAUUUAUUUUUGUAUUUAUUAUUUAUUUCUUUGCAAUUUUUAAGGAUGACAGAAUGCAGUAGAAAUUCUGAAAGGGAUUGUACAACAAUAUUUUUUAUCAAAAUAAAGCUUCAUUU